GGGGGCGGCCGGUGCCGGCGGCCGCCAUGGGGCCGCUGCCGGGGCUCCUGCUGCUGCUGCUGGGUGUGGCGGGGUGCCCCGGGGCCCGGGGGGCGCGGCCCGCGGAGCCGCGCGCCGCGUGGGUGACGGUGCCGCGGCAGCUGAGCCCCCGGGGCGACGAGGACACCCCGGCCCUUUCCUACUGGCUCAACGUGGCCGGGCGGCCGCGGGUGCUGCGCCUGCAGCCCAGGAGGGGCCUGGUCUCCCGCCCCUUCACCCUCGUCACCUACGGCCGGGAUGGGGCCCGCCGGGAGGAGCACCCCUUCGUGCGGGACAACUGCUUCUACCAGGGCGACGUGGUGGGGAGCCCCGGCUCCCUUGUGGGCCUCAGCACCUGCGGCAGGGGCCUGCACGGCAUGCUCUGGGUGGAGGAUGAUACCUACCAGAUCGAGCCCGUCCCCAAUGAUCCGGCCUUCCGGCACAUUCUGUACCGCAUGGAGGAGGACCACGGCCCCGAGGGAACCAGCUGCGGGCUGACGCCGGACGUGCUGCAGCAACAAAAGGCUGUGCUGCCGUGGUUCAAGGCUCCCAAGGCAGCGGAGGAGAACGAAAAGCUGAAGGACUGGUGGACACACAUCAGGUAUGUGAAGAUGGUAGUGGUCGUGGACCACGUGCGGUUUGUGAAGUCAGGCAGGAGCAAAUCCCAAGUCUUGAAGGAGGUCAUGCAAGUCAUCAAUCUUGGGGACAUUUUGUACAAACAGCUUUCUGUCCGGCUCUUUCUUAUAGGACUGGAGAUCUGGACUGAAAAAAACUUUAUAAACAUUACUAACUCUAUUCCCAAGGUACUUAGUGACUUUAACGCCUGGAGAAAGUCAAACCUGUUGCCUCGCAUGUACCACGAUAUUGCUCACUUAUUUGCAUUCCAGUGGUUUGGAAGCAGCCUGGGAUUGGCAUAUAUAGGGGCAGUGUGUGAUAGCCACUGGGCAGCGUCUGUUGUUUCCUUCACUACGCUGAAGCUGUCUUCACUUAUUAUCACAUUUGUCCAUGAGCUGGGCCAUAAUCUUGGGAUGGUCCAUGAUAAACCAGAAUGUAAUUGUAAACGCAAGACGUGCAUUAUGUAUGAAAACAAUGCUGAAACGGAUUCGUUCAGUGACUGCAGUUACAAACAGUACUUUGAGCUGGUUGUAAAUGGUGCUCCGUGCCUUCGUCAACCACCAGCACCUGGCACUUUCUACACCGGCAGAAGUGAAUACUGUGGGAAUAAGAUAGUAGAAAGUGGAGAGCAAUGUGACUGUGGUUCAGCAGCAAGCUGCCGAAGGGAUCCUUGUUGCCGCGCAAACUGUACAUUUACUGCAGGUUCAGACUGUGCAUCUGGAAAAUGCUGCAAGAACUGUAAGGUCCUUCCAGCAGGAACACUCUGCAGAGCAAGUAGUGGCAGCUGUGACCUGCCAGAGUAUUGCAAUGGGAUUUCCCCUCAGUGCCCAGUGGAUGUAUACAUACAAGAUGGAGCUCCUUGCAAUGAUGGUGUUUAUUGCUAUCAAGGAAAAUGUUCUUCCCACAGAGAAAAGUGCCAGCAUCUCUUUGGCAAACAAGCCAAGGUUGCCCCUUUAGAUUGCUUCAAAGCAGUGAAUACUCAAGGUGACCGGUUUGGGAAUUGUGGUAUUCGUGACAAUAUCUAUUUUGAAAAAUGCAGCAUGAGGAAUGUCUUAUGUGGUAGGAUUCAGUGUGAAAACAUAGUCAAAAUACCUUUCUUGCAGAACCAUGUAACAGUAGUCCAAACUCCUGUUCGAGAUAUAAAUUGUUGGGGUCUCGACUAUCACGUAGGUUUGCCAAGAGCAGAUGAGGGAGCUGUGGAAGAUGGCACACCAUGUGGUAGUGAUAUGCUUUGUAUCAACAGGACGUGUAUGAGUGUAUUGGUGCUGAACUACGACUGUAACAUGACAAAGUGUCAUGACAGAGGAGUGUGUAACAAUCGCAAGAACUGUCACUGUGAGUAUGGCUGGGCUCCUCCGUAUUGUGAAUUGGAAGGAUAUGGAGGUAGCAUUGACAGUGGACCCCCUCCAGCCAAGAAGACCGAGAGAGCAAUAGUAAGACUAGCACUAUUUGGUUUUUUUUCUGUGUGUAUUGUUGGAGUAGCCCUUUCCAUACGUUAUAGACAGAAAGUAGAGGGAUGGCUUGCGAAGAUAAAAGCCCAGUUCCGUAGAAUAUUGCAGUUUUUUCAAAGACAGAAAAAAAGACAAGUUCCUAAAGGAUAGUCGCCUGCUGGUGAGUGAAAAUCCACCAAAGAUAAAAAGGCAGUAUCUUUGGAUUCUCUUGAGGAAAUUCUCCCCUUUAGCAGAGCCAUCUGAUAACUCAUCAAAAUAAUUCAAGAGGUUCUGAACAGCUCUAAUCUCAAUGUGAUAUCAUUAAAUGCAGAGUAAGUCUUAUCUCUGUAUAUUUUCUUUUAAGUUAAUAAAUGCAGGCAGUAAGGCAUGAUGUUCUUUGUACCCUGAGCUCUUAAAUUGAUGUAAUUAAGUAAACUGCAGGUAUUGUGUUUAUGCUUCAUAUCGACAGUAUAAAAAUGCAAACUUCUUAAAAUAGGUGUAGAUAGAUGUUUGAUGUGGUAGGAUUCAGUGUGAAAACAUAGUCAAAAUACCUUUCUUGCAGAACCAUGUAACUCUAGUCCCAAACUCCUGUUUGAGAUAAAAAUUGUUGGGGUCUCGACUAUCACGUAGGGAUGCCAAGAGCAGCUGUCAAACUACUUGCUACUUGCUUCAAUUUCCUCCUUCACCUAAUGUUUUCCUCAAUUCAGUGAGAGAGAUGUUUGUGAACAUCUUUUGUCAUUGGUUAACAAUCAAAGAGAAAAAAUUGCACUUGCAGUCUCCACCGGCUCCUUCCAGGCAAACUGUUUUGUGUCUCUGUGUUUUAAUUUACAUCUGUGACACACAGACGGGUAAGGAACAGGUAUUGCAGUGAGAUACAGGUGUCUGUUUUACAAAUGCUUCCAGCUGUUUACAGGGAGUAACCUUCAUGAGGGAGGUAGACCACAGGGACCAGGGUCUUCCUUUCGUGGAAGAGUAGAGAAGGAUUAUCCAGAUCACAACCAGAAAGCAUUGCAUUUCUGAACCAUAAAAUAUGUCUCAACAGUGUAGUGACUCCAAAUCUGGCAUUUCACAAGAACAAACUGUUUUUAUUUCCUAGAAAUUUUCCAGUGUCUUGACUGCUGACUGCUUCUGAGAAGUGCUGUGUAUUUUACUGUCUCUGAGUGGAGCUGUCUAUGGGACUCCCCAAGUUAACUGAAUUUCUAAAGUAUUUGGAAUUAUUCUGCAAGUCUCCCCUACCUAGAAUAUCUGCAAUAUAUGAUACAGACUUUAUCUGACUAUCUUAGGGGGUUUCUUUUGGCUUAUUCUCUGAUUCUUUCUUCAGCUAUAACAGAAUGUGUCCUUAGCUCUAUGGAAUGCUACACAGAACAUUGUAAUUUUAAUUUUUUAAACAUAACAUAAAAUAUGCCUAAUUUCUGAAAAAUAUUAGGGACAUGGAAAUACCAUUCAGUACAUUUUAUUGUUAUUAUUUGUAUUACAGCAGUAAUUACACCGUUCUAUCAGAUCAGCAUGAAGAGGGGUCUGUAGUCCAGAUCACAGUUAAUCCUUUUUUUUAAAGGUGUUUCAGGAUAAAGAGCAAGUGCUAUAACGUAUAAUGCACUUGUCUGCUAACAAAAGAAUUACUUGUAUUUAGAAAAUAAAGAACAAGCUUUUAGCAAACAUUCUGUAAAGGAAGGGUUCCCAACACUUGGGAACAUUUGGGAAGAAGGAUAUUGGUGACUCUGCAAAUUAUUAUGGUCAACUCUUGCUGCCUCCCAAAUAUAUAAUAUAUGUUUUUAGAA